ACGUAACUCUAUAAUCAGGCCAAAAACCUACCAAAAUAAGAUAAAAAAGUAAAAAGUUUUUAGGUUAUUUUCGCGACGAAGUGCAAAAUGUCGAUAAUAUUUAGAAAAUUAGUACAAAAUAAUACAAGAAAUCUGGUAAUAAGGCAUAACGACGCACAAGUAUUAGUAAUAUCUUGCAGAAAACUAAGUAUUGUUCCUUCACUGUAUGAUGGAGAUAAAGAUCCUGCUCCCAAGUUCUUCUCGUCAAACGUACAAGUUCUGUUGAAGCGACUGACACGUCCUGACCAUACUAAAGUAUUCAGGAAAACAACAAACAGUGGAUUGUCUACACUGAAGACGCCUAAAUAUAAAUUUCUGACGAGUGAAGAGCUAGAAGCUGAACUUGCUCGUGCCAAUGAAAAAGCGGACAAAUUGCUGCAAAUGCCGCCUGUUGUAAAGGUACAACAACCAAUUAAUGAUGUGUUGUCCCAAGAUCCAGCCUUACUCGGCUAUGACAAAGCAAAGUAUUUGUUUACUGAUAUAUCCUUUGGAGUUGAUAAUGCACACAGGAUCAUUGUUGAAAGGGACCCAGAUGGCACUCUAAAAGCUUGUGAUCAUGAUCUCAGGAAAAGAUUGAAUCAGGUAUACUUCCCAAUAAAGGGGCGGAAGAUACGUGAGCCUCUCAUGUUUGCCGAUGAAGAGAAAUUCAACAGCUUACUGGACAGAGCUGAAUAUGAAUUUAUCCUGAACCGAGCUUGCAUACAGUAUGAACCUGAAGAACCAAAGUACCAACAGAUUACUAGUAUUACUUACCAGCAUGUUGAUAUGCAGAAGAAAUUUGACCUACUCAGGUCAACGCGCCACUUUGGGCCGCUGGUGUUCUACCUGACCUGGCACCAGACCAUGGACGAACUGAUGCUGGAGUUGCUGCAGACAGGCACGGUGAGGGAGGCAGUGUUGUUGAUGGCGCUCCGCCAGGCCAUACAUGGGGACCUGGCUAACGGUGCCGCGGCGCAGGAGUUGACGCAGCAGAUCCUACCUACACCAGUGCAGCUGACCAAACCGGAACGUAUCACGGAGGAAGACAUCCAGCUUGACACUAGAUGUAUGGACUGCGUAGCUCAGUACAUUAAGCAGAAUUCUGCCAUGAAGAGCCAGCAAGAACUAGCCCUGCAAGGGUUCCGGGAGUACUAUCAACAACUUAUAGACCUGAAUCGGGGGCUGAGGAAGGCGCAUGGAAACGCCUAACUAACACGUUAUGUAGUCUGUUUAUUAAAAGAUUAGUUAAG